AUGGCAUCCUACACCAAGGAACUCGAGGUCGCACAGCUCGCCGUACAGAGAGCAACGCUCCUUACCAAGAAGGUCUUCCAACAGAAAGCCAAGGGCACCAUCUCCAAAGAUGACGCCUCGCCAGUUACGAUUGGCGAUUUUGGCGCGCAGGCUCUCAUCAUCCACGCCAUCAAGAAGAACUUCCCAAAUGACCAGGUCGUGGGCGAGGAGGAGGCCAGCACCUUGAGAGAGGAUACGAAGUUGAGGGAUCAGAUAUGGGCGUUGGUAAAAGACGCUAAGCUCAACGAUGCGGAAGCAGAGAAGGUCCUUGGAGGACCGAUCGAGUCGCUGGACGCUAUGCUGGAUGCGAUUGAUGCCGGAAACAGCGCUGGAGGCAACAAGGGCAGGAUCUGGGCAUUAGAUCCUAUCGACGGCACCAAGGGCUUCUUGAGAGGUGGGCAAUACGCCGUAUGCCUGGCACUGAUGGUUGACGGAGAUGUGAAGGUUGGAGUUCUGGGUUGCCCGAACCUGCCAAUUGAUGACGCAGCUCCGUUGACGGCCGAGUCGGGCGUGGAUCAGACAGACGCCGAAGGAAAGGGGGUUCUGUUUGCUGCUGUGAAGGGACAAGGAGCUAUCAGUAGACCGUUGGGCGCUGCUGGUUUGGGCAGGAGCCAGGCUAUCCAGAUGAAGCCCGUGCAGGAUCUCGAGCAGGCAACAUUCUGCGAGAGUGUCGAAGCUGGGCACUCGUCGCACGGAGACCAGUUCGCCAUUGCGACGAAGCUCGGUGUCACUAAGCAAAGUGUAAGGAUGGAUUCGCAAGCAAAGUAUGCUUCGAUUGCCCGAGGAGCUGGUGAUAUCUAUCUCAGACUACCAACGAGUGCUACAUACCAAGAAAAGAUCUGGGAUCAUGCUGCUGGAGAUCUCAUUGUCCGUGAGGCUGGGGGGCAAGUCACAGAUGCCUUAGGAAGGAGGUUAGAUUUUAGCAAAGGCCGGACUCUUGCUGAGAACAAGGGUGUGGUGGCGGCUCCAUUAGCUAUCCAUGGCCAGGUACUCGAUGCUGUCAAGCAGGUUUUGGCAGAGAAGUAA